CUGUCAUUUUUGGCUCGUCAAGUGCGUUUAUUCCGUCGUAUACUCUCACAACACACUAUUUCAAGUGUCUAAAAUAUUGAAAUAUUGGCAGUGCUCAACGGCUGCGGUCAUUUCAUCUCGCACAUGUUAUUAUAACACUCCUUAUUGGCAUUUUUUAAUGGUUUAUCAAUAUUGUAACGUGAUAAUCUUCAUUUGAAUAAUGUAAUAUGAAACUGUCAUAGAGCCAUUGGAUGCUAGUCCACAACGUGUUCAACGCCUGCGAACUGUUUGCGUAAACAGCUUGUUUGUUUAACCUCAAACCCUCCUUUAUCACUUUGGUGAUAACGAUAUUUGGUAUUUGCAUACUCAAUUCACAAUACAAGUUUCCGUUUCAGGCAAGCAUAAUGAUGGAACUAAAGUUUGCAGUUAUCAUUCUCUCAGUGUUUAUUCACGCAAGCGUUUCCAGCAAGGCUGAUAUACGAGACUGCAGUAAAAGCCCCCCGUAUUAUCCGAAGACAGUCGUCAAAACGACCGAUCGCUUGGCAGAUCUUCGUGACCAAAUGAGAAAGGCAAACCUGAGUGCUUACAUAAUUCCUGCCACAGAUGCGCACGGGAGUGAGUACGUGAGACAGCGUGAUAAGAGACGAGAGUUUAUCAGUGGCUUUGAUGGAUCUGCUGGGACGGCUGUUGUAACAUUGGACUCAGCAGCGUUGUGGACAGAUGGCAGAUAUUUUCUUCAAGCUGAACAACAAUUGGAUUGCAACUGGAUUCUGCAAAAAGAUCGGGAGAAAGGUACCCCCUCACAAACGGAAUGGCUCAUAAAGAAGCUGAAAUCUUCGGACAGAGUUGGCAUUGACCCGUUCCUUGUUAGCAUCGAUUCUUGGGACAAAACGGCCAAGCCUUUAAAGGAUGCCAAUAUCACGUUUGUUGGGUAUCCGGAUAACUUGGUUGACGAGAUUUGGACAAAACGUCCAGCUGAACCGAAUGUGACGGUUAUCGUUCAAGAGUUGAAAUACACAGGGAAGUCCUGGGAGGACAAAGUGAAAGAUGUCCAAGACGAAAUAAAGAAAGUUGAUGCAACAGCUCAUGUUGUUCAGGAGUUAGACUCCGUCGCUUGGUUGUUGAAUUUGCGUGGAAACGAAAUUCCAUAUAAUCCCGUGUUCUUUGCUUAUGUCAUCGUGAAAACGAAUGAAGUUUUGUUUUUCGUGAAUGAUUCUAAGAUCUCGAGUUCAGAAGUGCAGAAACAUUUGAAGUUAUCCAGUUGUUCUGGUAAGACUUAUUGCAUCAAGAGAAAGCUCUAUGGAACUAUAAGAGAGGAACUGAAGAAUUUGAGUCAAGAAAGUAAUGCUAAAAUAUGGCUUAGUCCCAAAGACAGCCACGCAUUGAAACUCGCCGUGAAUGACGAAAAUAAACAGUACUUGAAAUGGUCUCCAAUCCGUUUGAUGAAAGGAAAAAAAAAUAAAGUUGAACUUGAUGGAAUGCGAAAUGCAAACCUGAAAGAUUCCGUUGCAUUGGCUGAAUUCUUUUUGUAUGCAGAAGAACAGGUGGCAAAAAAAGCCGAUGUCACAGAACUUUCUUUGGAAAAGAAAAUGGAAGAAUACAGAAGUAAACAAGCUUUAUACAAAGGACUUAGUUUUGCCUCGAUUGUUGGUUUUGGUCCAAAUGGAGCUGUGAUACAUUACAGGGCAUCAAAAGAAACCAACGCGAAGGUUACGGAUAAUAGUACACUGUUGGUUGACACUGGCUCACAAUACCUAGAUGGCAGUACUGACGUAACUCGAACAGUUCAUUUUGGAACGCCAACUCCUACGCAGAAAAGUGCUUUUACUCGUGUUCUGAUGGGACAAAUUGAUCUUGCCAUGGCAGUAUUUCCUCAGGGAACAUAUGGGCGUGCAGUAGACAUCUUGGCUCGACAACCAUUGUUUAGGAACGGCUGGAACUAUCGUCAUGGCACAGGGCAUGGAAUCGGCUCAUUUCUCUAUAUCCACGAAGGGCCUGGACGUAUCGCGUCUGGUUGCCCAGCUGCGUACGAGAAACCGCUGGAAAUUGGUUUUGUAUUGUCCGACGAACCAGGUUACUACGAGGAUGGGAAUUUCGGCAUUCGUCUUGAAACUGCAGUUGUUGUAGUGAACGCCUCUACACCUAAUCGAUUUAAUGACGUUGAUUAUUAUACAUUUGAACCCAUCUGUUAUUUCCCAAUCCAACGAAAACUUAUUGACGAAACAAUUAUGAGUGACAGACAAAUUAAAUGGUUAAACGAUUAUCACGAAAAAACGGCCAAACUUGUUGGAAAAGAACUGCAAAACCAGAAAAAAACAAAGCAGUAUAAUUGGUUGAUGAAACAAACAAAGCCAAUCACCAAUGACAUCAAGAGCGCCGCGACAACUGCAGUUCACUCUAUUUCUUUUCUUUUUAUUGCGGCCAUUUUUGCUCUGUGGGUUCACUGACCACUGAGAUCAACAUUAGCGCAAUUCUUUAUGUUUUACAAGUAAAAUACAAAAUCAGAUUGUGUUGUCCCUCAUAUAUAGUUAAAAAUUACAUUACUCGUGUCUACAUAUUAAGACGAUUCGUCUUUUAUUAGGAAAGUAAUGGUUGUAUUUCAAAUAAAACU